CAGAUCUGUGCGACCACGCGCUGCACCUCCCGCACGAUGAACUGUGACACCAACGGCCCCGGGCUGCGCUGACCCCGUGACAAUGCCACGCUGCCCCACAGCCUCGGCCCCGUCCCCGCUCCGGGGGGGGGACUCUCUCGUCCUAUUUAUUCCCCGUCCGUCCGCCGCCGCGUGGGCACGGACGCGUCCUUCGGUUGGGGACGUUCCGGUGGCUGAUGCGCGGCUCCAGGCUCUCUCCGCUGCUGCCUGGGGACAGCGUGGGGACAGCGUGGGGACAGCGGUGCUGCUGCGGGUUCGUCGGGCACCCGGGGCCCAAUCCGGGAAGCAAUAAAUGGGGCCCAACUUGGG